AUGUGUGAGCUGUCUGACCUGGCCUGGUCAGGUGCAGCUAUGAAACUUUUAAUUUCUCCUACUCAGAGGACAUUCAGAGGCUCUAAUGUUGUCCUUGGCUGCACAUUCUUAGUGGAUGGACCUUCUGUAGAACCUUCAUCCUUUAUUAUAAAAUGGUAUUUCAAGAGGAAAGAAAUUCUCACAUUCAGCAGUGAAGGCCUCAUCAUCCACCCCCGGAUGUCAUUUAAUGCUCAAACUGCGAGAAAUGGAGAUGCAUCUCUAUAUAUAUCUAACGUCACAAUCUUCGAUGACGGGACCUAUACAUGUUCUGUGAUGUACAAAAUGGAGCAGAAGGAGAAGAAUACCCAGCUGCAGAUAAUGGCUUCACCAAAAGUCAUGAUAACGAACAAAGUUGUCACUGAGAAUAAAGCGAGCACAAUGACCUGCACAGCCACCGAAUUCUACCCCCCGGAUAUCAAGAUUACAUGGCUGGGGGAUGAGCAACUUCUACAAAACUCAGAACUGGGUGAAAUCACAUUAAAUGACGAUCGAACAUUUAGUGUCCUCAGCACCGUGACAAUCACACCGUCCGAUGGUGACCGGGAUAGGACCUUCUCCUGCAGAGUCCUACACACCUCCCUGCUGGAGCCUAUGAGGAAGGAUUUCCAACUCGACAUUCAAAAAGAUCUCAACAUUGGCCUGAUCGUGGGUAUCAUUUGUGCAGUAUUCAUUCUAUUAGCAACUCUUCUGGGAAUAUUCUUCUACAUGAGACACAGAUCAGCGCCACAAACUGCAAAGAUACAGCAAUCAGAGCCCGAUGAGAUGGAUCAGCUCUGUCCACCUGAAGAUAAUGUUAUAAUGGAUAACCAACAGCAGCAUCCUUCCCCACAGGAGGCUUAUGUGAGGGAGGAGCCUGAGGCUGAUGUGAGGGAGGAGUCUGAUGACAUUAGAAAUGAUUGUAUGGCUCCCACAGACCCUUGCUUACCACAUAUAGAAGAGUCAAGUGUUAUAGAAUUAGAUGACUUUGAAGUAAUACACAAAUCAGAGCUGUAUGAUUAUCCAUAG